AUGGCUUCUGUCAACCAGUACCAAUACAUCUGUUUGGCUUUGCUCUUCGUUUUGGCUGCUUGGGCAUCUCAAGCCACAGCCCGCAACCUUCAUGAAGCAUCAAUGUAUGAGAGACAUGAGGAUUGGAUGGUUCAGUAUGGGCGUGAAUAUAAGGAUGCUGACGAGAAAAGCAAGCGCUACAAGAUAUUCAAGGAUAAUGUGGCACGUAUAGAAUCUUUCAACAAGGCCAUGGACAAAUCUUACAAGCUGAGCAUCAAUGAAUUUGCAGAUCUCACCAACGAAGAGUUCAGAGCCUCACGAAAUAGAUUCAAGGCCCACAUCUGCUCCACCGAAGCAACUUCUUUCAAAUACGAAAAUGUUACUGCAGUGCCAUCUACUGUCGAUUGGAGAAAGAAAGGAGCUGUUACACCCAUCAAGGACCAAGGCCAAUGCGGGUCUUGCUGGGCAUUUUCGGCUGUUGCAGCUAUGGAAGGAAUUACUCAGCUAUCAACUGGGAAGCUAAUCUCUCUUUCUGAACAAGAGCUGGUUGACUGUGACACUAGUGGGGAGGAUCAAGGCUGCAGUGGUGGUCUAAUGGAUGAUGCCUUCAAAUUCAUCGAACAAAAUCAUGGUCUCACCACCGAAGCUAACUACCCCUACGCGGGAACUGAUGGCACCUGCAACAGCAAGAAGGCAGCCCACCCUGCAGCCAAGAUAAAUGGGUAUGAAGAUGUGCCAGCCAACAAUGAGAAGGCUCUACAAAAGGCUGUUGCCCACCAACCUAUUGCCGUUGCCAUUGAUGCUUCGGGGUCUGAGUUCCAAUUCUAUUCAAGUGGUGUGUUUACAGGACAGUGUGGCACAGAACUAGACCAUGGUGUUGCUGCUGUUGGUUACGGAACAAGCGAUGAUGGGAUGAAGUAUUGGCUGGUAAAGAACUCAUGGAGCACAGGAUGGGGUGAGGAAGGUUACAUACGGAUGCAAAGAGAUGUGACUGCAAAGGAAGGUCUCUGCGGGAUUGCAAUGCAAGCAUCGUACCCUACUGCAUGA